AUGAGUCCUCGUCCGCCACCAGACCCCAAGAGCCUGCUGGGUAGACACAGACUCUUGUCACCAACGGCAUCCAUCCGUGUUAGUCCGUUCUGCUUGGGUGGAAUGAGCUUUGGUACCAAUUGGACAGCUCAAAUGGGUGAAUGCAGCAAAGAAACCGUGUUUGACCUUCUGGACACCUUUUAUGACCUUGGUGGCAACUUCGUCGACACUGCCAACGCGUACCAAGAUGGGCAGAGCGAGGAAUGGAUAGGUGAAUGGAUGAAGAAGACUGGACGCCGUGAUGAAUUUGUCAUCUCAACCAAAUACGCGCAGGGAUUUAAAGCACAUGAUCAUACCGUACAACAAAGCAACUUUGGGGGAACAGGUACCAAAAGCAUGUAUCUGAGUCUUGAACAGAGUUUGAAAAGACUACAAACAGAUUAUGUCGAUCUAUUCUUUGUUCAUUAUUGGGACUACGCUACAGACAUUCCAGAAUUAAUGCAGUCAUUGAACACUAUUUUUCUGCAGCGAAAGGUCCUCUACUUCGGCAUCUCGGAUGCACCAGCAUGGGUGGUGGUCAAGGCGAAUUGCUAUGCAAAUGCGCACGGCCUCCGCCCGUUUUCUGUCUACCAAGGUCGACUUUCCGCUCAGGCCCGAGACUUGGAGAGUGAUAUCAUCCCGAUGUGCCGAGAUCAGAGAAUGGGCCUCGUAGCUUGGGGAGUCAUGGGCAAUGGAUACUUCAGAUCCCCAGAUACUUCUGAAGAAGAAGGAGAUCGUAAGACACCUUUUAUCACGACAGGUCGCGAGGCCCAAGUAUCGAAAGCACUCGAUACGGUGGCGAAACGACGGAAGGUUUCGAUCUACUCUGUAGCGAUCGCGUAUGCAAUGCAGAAGGCACCGUACAUAUACCCACUCAUUGGAGGUCGAUUUGUUGCACAUCUUCGAGCAAACAUUGAAGCUUUAGGCCUGACAUUAUACCCACAGGACAUUAUUGACAUCGAAAAAGGCUAUGACUUCAAUCCAGGGUUCCCUCACAACUUCAUUGGUGUGGGAGGCAAGGCGCCUCAGGGCCCGGAAGAUGUGCUUUUGCUACGGGACCUAGGGUUCUUCGACUAUGUUAGUACCGAGAAGGCGAUACACCCCAAAACAGAAUCUUUUCACUUGCCCAACGGUCAUGCACCUGCAGUAGGAGCAUAG